AUGGCCUAUGGGUCGUUAGAUGAUCCCGAAGAUUUUUUUUCUGAGAAGCUGAAGGACAUAUUACCUCAAAUGGCUGUCCUCAAAAGUCCCGAAGGUCCUACAUGGGAUAUACAGCUUGUAAGAAAUAAUGAAACCCUUUACUUCAGAGAGGGAUGGAAAGAGUUUGCGGAAGCUCAUAAUUUUAAAGAGAACGACUUGCUUAUCUUCAAGUACGAACGGGAUUCCUGCUUCAACAUUUGGGUGUUCGAUAGCAGAAGCUUGUGUGAGAAAGCUGGUUCAUAUUUUGUCUGGAAAUAUGCUUCUAAAAAAAAUGAGGCAGGUGAAAAUUCCCAGUUAAAGAGAAAAAAACACAGAGGUGGUUCUGUCCACGCUGCUGUCAAUAAUGAGAAUCCAGAGCUUGAAGUUUCAGAUUCCGAGUUGGACCCUGCAAGAGCCUCAAUGAAGAAGAGUCGCAGGAAUUCUAUGUGUGGCUUGAGGAGUAGUGAUGCCGAAGCAAGUACACCUUACACUGAUAAAAGUCCCCCAAGUGCAGCAGAGAAAGAGAGAGUUGUGCCAAUUGCGGAUUGA